AUGGAUGCUGACGACAAAGUCCGCGUUGUGGUUUCCAGAGAAGGCUCUGACCAGGCGAUUGAAAAUGCAGUCUCAGAGAAGCCUGAUGAAGUUCGACGCGAUCGUCAUGGAUUUCCGCUUCUCCCACAACCCACGCGUUUUCGCGACGACCCUUUGAAUUGGCCAUCGUGGCUGAAGUGGCUCGUGCUCCUCCAGGCGUCAUUCCUCGCAAUGCUAGGGCCCUUCAACUCCGCAGUUGUCAAUCCUGGGUUGGUGCCGCUUGCAAAGCUUUUCCACAUCCCUGUCGGCCAGGCGUCGUAUCAGACAACCUCUGUCAUCAUCUCUGUGGGCAUUUCGCCUUUGUUCUGGACUCCGCUUGCCAAUGUCUAUGGGCGACGACCGGUCUAUCUCAUCUCGACGCUCAUCGGAAUAGUCGCAACGGUCGGCAGCGGGGUUGCGAAAACAUGGCAUACUCUGAUUAUUGCCCGGGUCUUCAGUGGCGUUGGCGUCGGUGCGGCGAUGGCGCUUGGAGCUGCCACCGUCAACGACAUGUUCUUUCUACAUGAGAGGGGCUUGAAGAUGGGCGUCUUUACUGUCUUCUUGACCAACGGUGCUCACGUCGCCCCGGUCAUUGGAGGCUACCUGGUACAGACAGCUGGAGUCCGCUGGGCAUAUUACUUCCCCGCCAUCGUCAACUCUGUCACCUUUGUUUUCAUGUUCUUCGCCAUGCCCGAAACCCUAUUCUCCCGCUCUGAGAGGGUGCUCGCACAGCACGAGGAGAGGACCUACAUGCAGAUGCUCUUCAGCUUUCGAAGGAAUGCGCUACGGGACCGGAGAGUCCACAUGCGAGAUUUUGUGCGGCCGUUUGAGAUGAUGUACUAUCCCUCGGUGACACUCACGUGUCUAUACUACAUCGUCUCAUUCGCCUUCUCUUCAAUCCUCCCAGCAGUGACGGUCGCCAUUCUCUUCACCAAGAUCUAUCACUUCAAGACUGGAGCCAUUGGGCUCAUGCUGGGGCUUCCGCUUUUGAUCGGCUCGGCUCUUGGAGAGUUCCUGUCCGGACCCUUUUCAGAUUGGUUCAUGUACCGAUACGCAAAGAAACACGGUGGAGAGAGAAAACCAGAAGCUCGGCUGCCCGCGUCUCUGGGGAGCCUUCUCCUUUGCCCCACGGGAAUCAUCGUCUACGGCGUCUGCUUGUACCACAAGACGCACUGGAUGGGCCCUGUGAUGGGGAUGGCGAUUGCCAGUUUCGGUCUCCAAUUGGUGACCACAGUCAGCUACGCCUACUGCAGCGACUGCUACAAGCCGCAGUCGGGAGAAAUCAGCAGCUUGUACAACUUCUGGCGCCAGACCUUUGCGUUUCCCCUUGGGUUCUAUGCUCUCCCGUUCGCCGCCGAGAUCACCAUCCAGUGGGCUUGGAUCACGCUUGCUCUAAUCACCGCGGUGACAUCCAUGGGGAUUGUUGUUCUGAUAUUCAAAGGUGAAGAGUGGAGGAAACGGCUCGGUCAGCCGCAGUUCCACAAGGAUAUCUAG